AUGAUCUACGGGCUUGCCCUCAACAGCUCGUGUACAGCUGUGUUCAUCACCUUAGAGAGAUGUCUGUGCACCGUGCUGCCGCUCAAGGUCAAGGACAUUAUCACACCGCGUCGUUCCGCCUUCGUUCUCGGCGCCAUCUUCGCCUUGUCGAUGGCUAGCAUCUCCCCCAUACUUUCCGUCAUCCAUCUCUUGUGGAAAUACGACCCGCUGACCAAUACGACCGUUCCUAACACACACUUCGCCAGUGAACGACCAAUGAAUUUGAUUGUAACAAACCUGCUGGUAGCCAACCUACAAGCUACGUCGUUCGUGUUUCUCUUGGCGGCUACCGGAACUCUUAUCGUCACUCUGAGAAGCAAGUCAAAAUGGCGACAACAAGUGUCGGCCUCAAACCAAGCAGAAACUCUCUCCUGUAGGGAUCAUCGAGUGGUCAAGAUGGUGGUCAUCGUGUCCAGUGUCCUCCUCGUCUGCUACGCCCCCGCUCAGUCCAUCCCUCUCACCAGUAUGGUGGUUCCGGAGUUCCAUUACCGCCGUCGCUAUAGCAACCUGUACGGCGCCUCAUGGGCGUUGGCGUACUUCCUGUAUGCUGUCAACUCCAGUGUAAACCUGGUCAUUUAUUACAACAUGAGCUCUAAGUACAGACGCACGUUGAAUGAACUUCUCGGAAAGUCCUAG